AUGGCUGGAGGCGCCAUCCCCGUCCAUGGCACGACCGACAUCAAUCGGGUCGAAGCCCCCGUUACAAUGAAGGCAUAUCUCAUCUGUGCUUUUGCUGCCUUUGGAGGCAUAUUCUUCGGAUAUGAUACCGGCUGGAUGUCUGGUGUCCUGGCGAUGCCUUAUGUCAUUACUCAAUAUACCGGCAUCGAAUCACCACCUACAGGAACAUCGGCUGAGGCCGUCAAGCUUCAAGACGCAUUCCAUCUUACAGCUCGGGAUCAAUCUCUGACUACUUCAAUUCUUUCCGCUGGUACCUUCUUUGGUGCUAUCAUCGCUGGUGAUGUUGCCGAUUUCAUCGGCCGUCGUCUAACUAUCAUUAUGGGAUGUGUGAUCUUCACUGUCGGCUGCAUUCUCGAGAUUGCUUCAACUGGCCUUGGACUCAUGGUACCUGGUCGUUUCAUUGCAGGUCUCGGUGUUGGCUUUAUCUCCGCCAUUGUUAUCCUAUAUAUGUCAGAAAUCGCACCUCGAAAAGUUCGUGGCGCUCUCGUCUCUGGAUAUCAAUUUUGCAUCACUAUUGGUAUUCUAAUCGCCAACAUUGCUGUCAAUGGAACCAAGCACCGAAAGGAUACAGGAUCAUAUCGGAUUCCUAUUGGGCUUCAAUUUGCCUGGGCUUUGGUUCUUGCUAUCGGACUAUUCUUUCUUCCUGAAUCACCACGUUACUUUGUCAAGAAAGGCAGACUCGAUGAUGCAGCAAAGGCUCUCUCUUCGGUUCGUGGACAACCACUCGAGUCCGAAUUUAUCCAGGCCGAACUUGCUGAGAUUAUCGCUAACCACGAGUACGAAAUGUCGGUCAUCCCUAACACAUCUUAUCUGGGAGGCUGGGCCAACUGCUUCACGGGAUCACUUAAGAACGGUAGCAGCAACAUCCGCCGAACCCUGCUCGGCAUACUUAUGCAGAUGAUGCAACAAUUGACUGGAAUCAACUUCAUCUUCUACUUUGGAAAUAUCUUCUUAACCUCGCUUGGCACGAUCCACAACCCCUUCUUGAUCUCUAUCCUCAGUGCUCUCAUCAACACAGUUUGCACACCGCUUUCAUUCUACGCAGUGGACAAAUGGGGUCGACGAACCCUUCUUAUCUGGGGUUCUGUCGGUAUGAUCGUAUCUCAAUUCCUUGUCGGUAUUGUCGGAGUUACAGCUGGUAAACUUUCUGCACACAACAACCCCGCGGUUUCUUCUAUGAUUGCCUUCAUUAUGAUUAACGUCGCCAUCUUCUCCUUCACAUGGGGUCCAGUUGCUUGGGUUGUUGUCGGAGAGAUAUUCCCGCUCCCAAUCCGCUCGCGUGGUGUUGGUCUUUCGACCGCCUCCAACUGGAUGUGGAACUGCAUCAUUGGUGUCAUCACUCCUUACCUUGUCGGAACCGCUAAAGGCGAUGCCAACCUCGGAGCCAAGAUCUACUUCAUGUGGGGUUCCCUGUGCAUGGUCUCCCUCGCCUUCUCCUUCUUGCUCGUUCCCGAGACCAAGGGCCUCAGCCUGGAGCAGGUCGAUCGUAUGUUGGAAGAGACCUCCCCUCGUACGUCUGCCAAAUGGGUACCACAUUCUACUUUCGCAGCGGAAAUGGGUCUUGCGGAUAAGAGCGGCGAUGUCGAGGUUGUGCAGGCCGAAGCCAAUGAGAAGUCUAUCGUCUAG